AUGCCUGCUACGAGACAACAUCCAGUGCACAUCCUAGACUUGCUCAAGGAUGCUGCUGCGUCAGAUCCGUCUGUCGGGCUGCUUUAUCUCAACAAAGGCUUGGCUGGUGAAGCAAAGCGGGUGCCGUAUGCCCAGCUACUGAAGCAAGCUGAGGACAAUGCAGUGCGACUGCGUAAAGCUGGCAUCUUCGAUCAUGGCCGUACUGUCAUCACUUACUUCGACACGCAUGAAGAGCACGUGCUCUGGUUCUGGUCCGUCAUUGCGGCGGGUGGAGUUUGUGCGGUGCUCAAUCCCAUCUCGAACGACCCAAAAACUGUUGCAGGCCAGCUCGACAACGUCAAAUCCCUGUUCGGCGAUACUCCUGUCGUGACGACACAUAAGCUGUCAUCGAUCUUUGCAGCACGACGGCUGAACGUUGGAUCCGUUGAAGACAUCCUCACUCCUCGCAAGCGGGCCGCAGAGAUCGAAGACAAUGGCGUUCUGUCAAGAACUCACCCUUUUGACCCUGACAAGACAGCCGCCAUCGUGUUCACGUCCGGAAGUACUGGUCAUUCCAAGGCGGUCAAAUACAGCCAUGCAGCGCUCAUUGCCUCGGUCCAAGCCAAAGCUGCGCAUCUUUCGACGCAUGGCUUGACUUUCAUGUCAUGGAUUUCAUUCGAUCAUUCAGCCUGCCUUUGCGAGGUGCAUCUCCAAGCACUUUUCGUGCAUUCUGACCAAGUCUUUGCCCCUACUGCAGACGUCGCAGUCGAGCCGCAUCGUUACUUUGAGAUCCUGAGUCGAUACCAGAUUGGCUAUACUUUCUCCCCAAACUCAUUCCUUGCCGCAGCUGCCAAUGCACUCGCAGAGCACGAUGAGUCUGGCCAGGAGAUCGACCUCAGCCAUCUCCGUGUACUCUUCUGUGGAGGCGAGGCCAACAGAACAGCGACUCUGCAGGCCACAGACCAGAUCAUACGCAAGUUCGGUGCGCCGAAGCGGGCUAUCAAACCAGUCUACGGUCUCAGCGAAACAUGCUCUGCCUGCUUCUACAACCUGGAGGGCCCAGACUACGACGUUAAAUAUGGUAACAUCUUUGCAAGCGCAGGCAAACCACUGCCCAGUGUGUUAGAAGUCAAGCUGGUGGACCAAGAAGAGGACCAGAAAGUCUCCGAUGAAGGUCUGAUUCAUCUUCGUGGCGACGUCCUCUUCCAAGGCUACCACAACAAUGAAGAAGCCACUGCUGCUUGCAUGACCGCUGAUGGCUGGAUGAACACUGGCGAUAUCGGGAAAUUCGAUGAGAACGGCAACCUUCUGCUCCUCGGCCGUGCCAAAGAAGUGCUCAUCCUGAAUGGGCAGAACUACUCUUCGUUCGAGAUUGAGCAUGCGAUCGAGACGAGUGACAUCGAAGGCCUGGAACCGUUCUAUACCGCCGUGUUCUCGACAUGGGACCAAGACAGACAGUCUGAAGCGCCGAUUGUGCUGUUCAAUCCGACCGAGGCGGCGAUUGGACCAAAGAAUCUUCGGGCUACAUUGCAGGCUGUUGAGAAGUGUGUCUUCAGUAUUUGUGCGCAGAAGGCGUUACAUAUCAUUGCGCUACCGAAGUCAUUAUUACCGAAGUCAACGAUUGGCAAGCUCUCCCGAGCGAAGUUGAAGAAGUCCUUCGAGACUGGUGCCUUCGACGACUUCAUCGUCAGCGAGAGAGCACCACCCGUCAAGUCGAACGACAUCAACGGUACCAAUGGUCACACUAACGGAACCAAUGGCCACGCAGUCAAGACCUUCCCGUCACCUCUUCAGAAAGAGAUCGCCGAGAUAUAUGCUUCCAUCGUCGGCGUAUCCUCGUCCGAGCUCAUGGGGCAAGAUGCACUGCUAUCAAGCGGCAUCAACUCGAUGGGUUUCAUGCGGCUGAAGAAAGCUCUUGAAAACAACCUCAAGAUCCACCAAGAGAUUCCAAUGCCACUGUUGAUCCGCUGCCACUCGGUCGCCGAUCUGGAACACGAACUGACACUCUUAGGAACAGUGUCAACCCAGUACGAUCCAAUUGUCCCACUCUUUACGGAAGGAAGCAAACAGCCUCUCUUCCUGCUUCAUCCCGGUGCCGGUGAGUUCCUCUGCUGGAUUGGACUCUUGAAGUAUCUACCGGACAGGCCGAUCUACGCUCUCCGCGCCAAAGGUCUACAUCCCGGUGAAGGGACUUUUGAUGGGAUAGAGGAUUUGUUGAAGUGCUACUAUGAUGCCAUGCGGAGGGUACAACCUCACGGUCCUUAUGCUAUGCUCGGCUACUGCUUUGGAGGUCUUCUGGGCUUCGAGCUCGGCAAGAUGUUCGAAGCUGCGGGUGAGACUGUCGUUUACUGUGGUGGUAUCGACAACCCUCCUGAUCCGAAGCCAACGAUUGGACAAGUUCAGUACCGCAAGCUGAUGAUUGAUGUGCUGCCUGUCGUUACCGAGCUGACCGAAGACGACGCUCAGAAGUUUGCAGAUGAAACAGCACACCUGAGCGAUGAAGGGUUCUACGAGAUCCUCUUCACCAAGUUCUCUCCAGAGCUCAUCGAGAACAUGGACAUUACAGUCCCUCGACUUCAGGCUUAUGGUCGGGUUGAAGAUGUGAUGCGUCAGAUUGCAAGCAAGUAUGAACCAACGGGUGAUCUUGGAACCAUGGAUAUCUUCUGCGCCGAUCCUAUGCCACACUUUGGUGCGACGCCGGAGGUGUGGAAAAGAGAUGUCCUUGGUGGGUGGAGGGAGUUUGUGCGAGGGGAGAAUGUCAACUUUCAUUACGUGCAAGGCACGCACAUCAGUCUGAUUAAGGAGCCGCAUAUCAAGGACUUUCAGAGGAUUGUUAAUGAGGCUUUUGAGAAGCGUGGCAUCUAG